GCGCGAUGAGCCCGGGCUGAGGGAGGGUUGGGGGUCCCGCCGCCAUGGUGGCGCACGACGAGCUCGGCGGGCUGCUGCCCAUCAAAAGGACUAUCCGGGUCAUCGACGCGCAGAACCAGCACUUCAGGGAGCAGGAGGAGCCAAGCACGAAACGGGUCCGGCCUUUAGCACGAGUCACCUCCCUGGCCAACCUGAUCUCCCCCGUCAGAAAUGGGGCAGUUCGGCGCUUUGGGCAGACAAUCCAGUCGUUCACCCUCCGCAGCGACAGCAAAUCCCCUGGCUGUGCCCAGAAGUCGUGCAGCAGGUCUGCUGCUCCCACUCCCCCCAAGAGAAGGAACAGUGUCCUUUGGUCUGAGAUGUUGGAUGUGAACACGAAGGAAUCCCUGAGCACCAAGGAAAUCAAACGCCAGGAGGCCAUCUAUGAAAUGUCCAGGGGAGAGCAGGACCUGAUUGAAGACCUGAAGCUGGCCAGAAAGGCCUACCAUGACCCCAUGCUGAAACUCUCCAUCAUGUCUGAGGAGGAGCUCACCCACAUUUUUGGGGACUUGGAUUCCUACAUUCCUCUGCAUGAAGACUUACUGGCAAGCUUGGGAGAAGCAACAAAACCAGAUGGAACCGUGGAGCAGAUUGGGCCUAUCCUUGUGAAGUGGCUACCCCGACUGCACGCCUACAAAGGCUACUGCAGCAACCAGCUGGCAGCCAAAGCGCUGCUGGACCAGAAGAAGCAGGACAGGAGGGUGCAGGAUUUCCUGCAGCGCUGCCUCGAGUCUCCCUUCAGCCGCAAGCUGGACCUGUGGAGCUUCCUGGACAUCCCUCGGAGCCGCCUGGUCAAAUACCCCCUGCUCCUCAAGGAGAUCCUGAGGCACACCCCCAAGGAGCACCCCGACAUCCACAUCCUGGAGGAGGCUAUAUCCAUAAUCCAAGGAGUCCUCUCUGACAUCAACCUGAAGAAGGGCGAGUCUGAGUGCCAGUACUACAUUGACAAGCUGGAGUACCUGGAUGAGAAGCAGAAGGAUCCAAGGAUUGAAGGCAGCAAAGCUUUGCUGUGCCACGGGGAGCUGAAGAACAAAAAUGGACACAAGCUCUACGUCUUCCUCUUCCAAGAAAUCCUGGUGCUGACGCGGCCGGUGACCCGCAACGAGCGCCAGGCGUUCCAGGUGUACCGGCAGCCCAUCCCUGUGCAGGAGCUGCUCCUCGAGGACCUCCAGGAUGGAGAUGUCAAAAUGGGGGGCUCCUUCCGAGGGGCUUUUGGCAAUUCUGAUAAAGCCAAGAACAUCUUCCGAGUGCGUUUCCAGGAGCCCGGCCCGGGCCAGUCGCACACGCUGCAGGCCAACGACGUGUUCCACAAGCAGCAGUGGCUGAGCUGCCUCCGCGCCGCCAUCGCCCCCUUCCACAGGAGCGCUCCCGGCCCCGAGCUCGCCGAGCUGCCCGAGCUGAGCGAGGAGUGCGAGGAGAACAACCCCAACAACCCCAACAACCCCAACAAUCCCCAGCAGCGCCGGGGAAUGGGAAUGUCCCACGUGGAGCCGGAGCAGAGCGCGGCCCUGCCGGACUCGGGGGAAGCCAAGGGGCUCAAAUCCCACAGGAGCUCGUCGGGGCACCGGAAAUCCAGGGAGAAGCAGCUCAGCGGGAAGCGGAAAGAAACGCUGGUGUAGCGUAAGGAGGCACGGGAGCCCGGGGAAAGGCACCUGGGGUUGGGAAAGCUGUUAAUUUAUAAAUAAUUCCGUGUACAUUUUGUACCGGGAGCGCUUGGGAGCGCUCUGCGGAUCGGAGCCUGGGUUUGUGUUGGAAUGGCAGCUACUGGUGUGCAGUGACUGUUGAGCUGGGGGCUGUUUUUACACUCUGAACCCACGAGGGAUGUCCAGAACCCUCAUGGCACUUCUGAAGAGCAAAUUUGGGCUCCUGGAAGUUUCCCACAGCCAUGGUAGAGGAUGGAAAAUAAAGUGGAAUUUUGGGGGUAGAGGAUGGAAAAUAAAGUGGAAUUUUGGGCAGCACUGGGGCUUUUGAUCAACACUGCAAAAGUCCCUUAAAGGACUCAACACCUGAAGUCACUCUGCUGUGUGGUUAUGGUAAUUCCUGCAAAUUUGCAUGUUCCAAAAGGAAAAUCCUACAAAAACAGACCCCAAUUCAACAGGUUCUCAAUUCACCUACUGGAAUCUUUGAUCUUUGUGUGUCCUUUGUACAUUCCUCUGUCUCACUCUUGUAUCCUGCCAACUAUUUAAAUUUUUUUAUUAGUUUUGUUUCAAGUUUGGGGGUUGGGAUUUUGGGGUGGUUGGGGUUUUUUUGUUUCCUUUGAUUGUUUUUUUUUUAUUUUUGUAUUUUUGUUGCUCAGACUUGGCAUUUCCUUUCCAGUACUUGAUCCUUCGUGCUCCGAGGGGUGAUGUCCCAAAGAGCAAUCCACGGGCUGGGGGGAGACACUACUGAAAGAGAACUGCUUUACUCUAGGGUGUAGGAAGGUUGUAGGCACGUUGUACAAGGGUUUGGGGAGCAGUGAGUAGAGGGGUAGCAGGGAGUGAAGGUAGAUUCCGUGUUUUUGUUGCCUUUUGGAAAUGAAACACUUCCCACAGGGAAGCAGGACUUGGAGGCAACCAAGGGGUUCUUGCAUGUGGUAGAAAGGUAGAGGAGAGGAAGAGUUGGAGCUGUGAGGAGAGGAGGAGGAGGAGGAGUGGUUGUAAAUACUCAGGGUGGCAGCACUGCCAUCUUCUAGCACUCCAAAGAUGCAGGGAAAAUCCAGGGAGAGACC